AUGUAUAUCGUAACGACUUUCGGAAAUGCGCACUGGCUGCUCAGCCUGGACACGUGUUUGUCGAGCUUGGCUACAUCGCUGGCGACAGCAUUUGCCAGUGCAGGCGGGUUGUUGCGAACCUCCCGGAUCCGACUCUUGAAAGAGCAGCUGGCCAUAAGCCAGGAGUCUUCUCACAUCUAUGCUGAGCACGAUAGCCGCCCGUUGCUGUGUUCUGGUCUGCUCCUUCGUUUGC